UCAUUUGACAAUUCCUGCUCUCCCCAGCCAUGGAUGGAACUGGAGACAAAACAGCAGACUUGUUUCAUGGCCAAGCCCAAUUGUACAGACUCAUGCAUCUUUGGAUGUCUUCUUUAUGUCUAAAGUGUGCAAUUGAGCUUGAAAUACCGGACAUAAUCCACAAGCAUGGCCAACCCAUCUCUCUUUCUCAGUUGGUAUCAGAUCUCAAAGUUCCACCCUCUAAAACUACUUUUAUAAAAGGGCUCAUGCGCUUGCUGGCUCACAAUGGCCUCUUCACCAUCAUCAAAAGCAACAACAAUGAAGAAGAAGAAAGUGAAGUAUCAUAUGAUCUCACUUCUGCAUCGCAGCUUCUUGUGAACGAUUUGGGAUCUGUUUUUGAUGGACUGAAUUCCAUCGUUGAUGUUGGCGGUGGAACUGGUACAGCUGCUAUGAUUAUUUGUGAAGCAUUCCCUAAGUUUAAAUGUACGGUGCUCGAUCUUCCUGAGGUUGUCUCAAACUUAUCUGGAAACUGCAAUAUGAGCUUUGUUAGUGGGGACAUGCUCAAAUCCAUCCCUCAUGCUGAUGCAGUGCUGAUUAAGUGGGUUUUACAUGACUGGGGUGAUGAUGAUUGCUUAAAGAUACUUAAAAAUGCCAAGGAAGCUAUUUCAGGCAAUGGAAAAGGGGGAAAAGUGAUCAUCAUAGAUACAGUGUUGAAUGAAAAGCAAGAGCAGCAUGAAGUGCUAGAAACAAAGCUCUUACUCAACAUAAUGUUGGCGGCUGAAUUCAAUUCAAAAGAGAGAUCCGAGGAAGAAUGGAAGAAACUAUUCCUGAAAGCAGGCUUCACAGAUUACCAGAUAUUUCCUGUAUUCGGCUUUAGGUCUCUCAUUGUUCUUCAUCCCUAG